UUCUCGAGUCUGUGUUCGUCAUUAGAUUGUAAUCGUGGUUUUGCUUUCUCGCUAUACGGAGAUCUCUGCAACCCUAAUAGCUGUUCAGAGAUCAGAUACCACCUGAAGGAUUAGCCAUGGAACAUGCAGCUCGGAGGAACCAGAGAGGCCCCUUCGAAGGGCUUUACAGAUUCAUCAUGCGCCGUAACUCCGUCUACGUCACAUUCAUCAUCGCCGGCGCUUUCUUCGGCGAACGGGCUGUGGAUUACGGUGUUCGUAAGCUCUGGGAAUCGAACAAUGUUGGGAAACGGUAUGAAGACAUCCCUGUGUUGGGGCAGAGGCCGACGGAGGAAUGAGAGAUCUUUACUUCAGCCGACCAAGAAUUGAGAUCUCUGCACAUUUUUCUUUCUUUGCAAUAAUUUGUUGGGAUGAUCCUAAAAGCUUGGUUCUUGAUUGAAUGAAUUUUUGGCUUUGUUCCAAUAUCAUCUGUGUGUUACAUCAUUUCAAACCAACUUAUAGUGAGCUCCAUGA